AUGAGCCUGAACACCCGCGGCACAAGAUUGAGACCUUCGAAUGAGAACGUUCACACACUCCUCGAUGGCGUAGUGGUUGCCCUUACCAUCGCCAAGGACGCAACCGCCGCGUUUCCGCCACUUCAAUCCGCGGUCGGGGGCGUUGCCAGUGUUGUAGAUGUCGUGAAGAAAAUGGGGGCGAACAUCGACCAGAUCAAGCUUCUUGAGCAGCACGCUAAUCAACUUUCCACCGCUCUUCAAAAUCCUAUCUUCAAGAACGAGAAGGCAUGUCCGGAGGAUUUGCGCUGGCGUAUAGAUACCCUUGAGAGGCACGAAUCAAUCCGAUCUGCUUCUCUAGCCUACUCACUUCCGCAUAGACAGCUAGCAGAGUCGACGAAGGAGAUUCGCAAGUUGGCCUCUCGCUCUAAAAUCUCGCGAUUUUUCAGGUCCGAUUCGCAUACUGGAACAAUAAACGAACAUAUCACAAAGAUAUCUCGAACCAUCGAGGCUUUCCUGAUUGGGGGGAUCGUGAAUCUCGAAGUCGGUGUUAAUGAACUGUUGAGACGCUUCGACAAGGUCGACACCCGGCUCGAUGAAAACCAAGCCUUCAUUGUGCCCGUCAGCAUUCUCCCAGGCGCGACACAUGGAGUCGAGACUCAGUCGACGUCCGCCUUUCGCCUACCACGCGAACCAGUGCUAAACACGAGUAAUCUAGACGGAUUACAAAACCAUACACCACAGGCCGAUCGCUUAGGGCCGGCGGCAUCAGCGACGUGGACAGAGCACGGCAAACCGUAA